AUGGGAUUCCAAAAUUUGUGGUUCUCUCACCCACGCAAAUUCGGACCAGGAUCGCGCUCGUGCCGCGUCUGCGCUGGACACCACGGACUUAUCCGUAAAUACGGUCUCGAUUUGUGCCGUAGAUGCUUCCGCGAGCAGGCCAAGGACAUCGGAUUCAAAAAGAUGGAUCCAAUUGAAGCUGGAGAAUGGAUCGCUGGUCGACCGCUUCAGCUCGUUUUUCUGACCGGGUUGGAUCCAGUGAAUAAACCCUAUCACGCUACUCUUGUAAAUAGUUUUCGAAACAGGUCAGUUGAUCAACCGCCGCUUCAGCUACGGGUCAUUAGUGGUGAAUUAGAUUUGCCUAGGAAGGAGGUUAAAACGAAAAAAGAGAAAGGAAUCUUGCGAAGAGAAUGGCCCCAAAAAUAUCUUGACCACAUUCCGGCGUUAAUUGUCUUAUUCGUGGAUCUCGAUUGGAAUCAUCCGUCUUGGGAAGAAAAGAAAACUGAAGCUGAAAGUAAAGUAGCGAGUAUUCGUGGUUCGCUUCGCAGCGGGACCAGGAUAGCUCUUGUGAUGCUCCAAAAUAGAAAUACUCCAACAAGUGCAGCAGACACUCAGGCUGCCGAACGAGCUCAUGAGCUUUGUCACGUAUGUUCUCUUAAUCAGAAACAACUGUUUGCGAUUCCGAUUCAAGACGAUCUUGGUUACGUGGGUAAACUGAAAUCGGCAUUCCACGAACUUGCCCAGGGGUUCUAUCAACAAAAGCUGAAGGCAAUCCGUAGUCGCAAUAUUCCGAACAACUCACCUGCUCUUGUUGUUCGCCAACUUUUCAAACUCGCGUUUAUCUCGGAAUUGCGUCAAGAUACUCAUACUGCCCUUCGAAAUUAUCGCCUUGCUUAUGAUCAAUGCAAAGAUACGGUUGAUCAGUGGGAAGGCAUCGACAUAUUCGAAUGGAGGAGUGUUGCUGGAUUGCUGAAUUAUAAAAUGUGCGAGCUUUGCUUCUUGCAUAGCAGUGCUCACGAAGCGAUAAAUCAAAUGCGUCGUCAUCAAUCAGUCUUCUUCUCGACGUCUCCUGGAAUUUACCCGACACCUCAACUCGCUUCUAUCGAACUUCUGUUAUGGAAAGCAAAACAGUGUUGGCAUUUUGCUCAAAUUUUCGAGCAAGCUGUUGUCGGCGGUCUGAGCGCUUUGGCCACAUUCAAUCCGGGAACUCAUCUCGAUCAGGCAGCGAGUAUUUAUUCGACAGCUAAUACUGAAAUUGCGGCUCUCAAACGAAACAGUCCAACGAAUAUCCCGUACCCUACUCCGGAUCCACUCGUUCAGGAAACUGUGUUUUUCGGUCAAAGACCAUGGAGAGUCGGAUACGAUGGAUUAGCUCCGGCCGAAAUUGAAGCGGCAGCAGUUACUGCAAUUACGCAACGCCUUGUUGUGAACCAUGAUGGUGUGAUAUCGCUUCUUACUGCGGCAAUGGCCCAGUACAAAAAGUACGAAUGUGUCAGAAUGCAGAGAAAUGUUAUGUGCGAAAUGGCGAAUGUCUGUUAUUUAAAUAAUGAUAUCCCGCGGGCUCUUCAACUGUGGUCAAUUGUCAUACGAGAUAAUGCUAUUCCUUAUUUAAUCCGCAAAGACAUUAUGUAUCGAGCAACUUGGGCAGCAUAUGCGAUAGCAAGUGUAAAGGAUUUCGUCGCAUGCUGUAUGUAUUUAAUGUGUAAUUCGUAUUCGUCAAUAUUGCCAUCAAACGCUAAACAAGCGUUUCAUAAUAUUCUGGAAUCCAAACCUCCGAUUAUCCCAUUUCCCAGUGAUGAAGUUACGGAUCAGCAGCAACUUGCGUAUCAGGACCAAUGGCAAAAAGUACUUUCUGAACGCCAAUUCUUCAGUAUUCAAGCCUCAAAAAUCGAAUCAUUCCUUGAUGUGCGUGUUUCAUUCCUCGAAUCGCAAAUAAUUGAAGUUAACUCACGGGUCGCAGUACGGAUUGAAAUUCGCUCAGAUUUGCCGGAAGAGCUUACGAUAAGCGAUGUUAUCGUGGUGUGUAAAGUGAAACCAACUCAAAUCGGCACCGAUUCUACGGAACGUGAAUUUGCGCCUCUUCGUCUUGGAACCAUUCAAAUCAGCGCAGCGAAUCCAAUCAAGCGCGUUUUGACGCUAGAUUUGAAGAAAGUCAAGCAAAAUGAAAUAGUGCUUGUUUCUCGAGUCACCCUUGAAUUCGGAAAUCGCAAUUCGCACAUGUUCGGCCAACUCGAGUUUGAUGAGCUUUCAUUAAACCGAAAAAUCCGAAUAGCUGAUGUACUCGGUGUGGAAACACUCAAAGUUGGCGGAGUUAAAGGUGGAAUUCAGUUGGAAACGGCAGCAAGUGUUAAAUGUUUGAUUGGCGAUAUCGCUUGUGCCGAUUUGCAAAUUUUGAACGUCGCUAAAAAUGCAGUGAGAAAUGUCAAACUUGACUUCAAACGAAAUGAACAACAGUUUACUGAAGCGGCAGCGGUUUUAUUCGUCGAUCGAGGGGGAAGUGAGCUCAAAUCGGAAUUAUCGAUUGAUUUAGCGUCAGAAAUGCUACCAAAACAAAAGAUUCUUCUUCCUAUAAAAUUUUCUGCACAACUCGUGGGAUCAUACGAUCUGCAAUUGGAGAUAAGUUACGAAUAUGAUGAAGCGGGCGAAGUUGCACAAGAAACCAGCAAAAUUAAUGUCGGCGUUGAAGCGAAAGAACCGUUUUCAGUCUCGAGUCAUAUCAUGAACAUCAAUGGAGUUCCAAUGGCAUCGAUUCUCAAUCACUGUGAGCACGUUCUCAAUGCGAAUAUACUCUCGGAAUCAUCUAUUCGAAUUAACACUGUCGAAUUUUUACUAGCUGAUGUUGUUCAUCAUUGCGAUAAUUCGAAUGGUACUUGCAGAGAAAAUUUGAAUGAACUAAUCCAGGAGAAUGAAAUGAUCACCUUCUCGACGGUUAUCCGCAUAACUGCAAAUGAAGAGGAUUCUGAAACGCCACUCGGACGGCUUGCUGUUGAAUGGAAAAGAGACGCUCCCAACGCGACGCCAGUUCGGUCGAUUGUUCCGCUUUGCCGUAUUCCUGUCAUUCCAUGCCCGAUUGAAAUCUCGGCUCAUAUCAAAACAUCGCCAGCGAUUGUUCGAGUUCCUAUCGAAAUCAGUUUUGAGCUUAAAAAUCAUAGCAAAGAGGCUGUUGAACUGGUUUCAAACUUCGAUCUUAAUGAUGUAUUUAUGUUUAGCGGUGAACGAAAAGCUUCGAUAACAGUGCUCCCAAGCAGCUCUCGCCGCCUCAAUGUGAUUGUGAUGGCUCUUGGCGCUGGUCGUUUAACAUUCCCACGAAUUAAUCUAAAGUCCCCACAAGUAUCUGAUAGUCUUCUCCAACAAGCACUUCGAACUCUUCCGGCCACAAUUUUCGUAUUGCCAAAAUCAAAGGAAGGCACUCCGAACUGA